UCUACCGUAGAUUUCUAUGCUUCGCCAUUUUAUCCGCUGCUCUGAUGAUGGCCCAGCAUACUGUGGUUCGAGGUCACAACAAUAACCUCUGGGCUCGAGCAGCUGUAGCUUUGUCUGAUAACAACAAGCGAAACAUAAACUUUAAUCGUGCAGACAAGCUGAAUAUCCUCGCUAAACUGCAUGUCGCAGCCGAGAAAAGUAGGCAGAAAUCUGUGGAGUCUAGGUGGAGAUACACUCGCAAGAACGGAGACAUAGUCAUAAUGAGAGAUGUGUUCGGGAAGAUUGUUAGAUGGAUUGAAAUGUUCAAGCAGGUUGGGGAUGUUGCGGUUCAGUACGACCCGGCACAUGCUGCACUUCCUUGGGCGGGAAUUCGCUUUCUUUUGCAAAUGGCCGUCAACGAUACUAAUAAACAUGCAUCGAUCGUAGAAGGCCUUACUCGAAUAGCUGAGCUUAUUUGCCGUUCCGCUGUUACCGAAAGUCUAUAUCUCCAUGGUACAUCCAAAGCAGCAGCAGAGCUAGAAAGGGCUAUGGUGCAGCUGUAUGCAAAUAUUUUAGUGUACUUGUCAAGGGGAAAGCAAUACCUUGAGCAAGUAGGCGCAAAGCGUACGAUCCAAAGCACAUUCCUCGCAGACACGGAACUUACUUCCAAACUAAGUGAGAUCCAAAUAGCAGAGAGCGAUAUCAAUCGAUGCAUGGCUCUAGUUGAUUGGAAUGAUAGCAUUGACAACCAUUCCAAGCUGGCGGAGCUUUUGGAUCGCAUUGACCAACCCUUGCGAAGGAUGGACAGUGAUUUGAGGAACAUACGUGAUGAUCUUGAAGUAUCUAAGCGUAGAAAAAUCCUCAAGUGGCUUUCGUCCGAACCGUAUACCCGACAUCACAAGCAGACUAAACAGGAUGUUCUGACAGGAACUGGCCAAUGGCUUUUAUCUGAUCCUGUCUUUAGAAGAUGGAAGGAUGACAGCGCAUCUUCGAUACUAUGGCUCCAUGGCAUUCCUGGAUCUGGCAAGAGCAAACUCAUAUCGAUAGUGAUCGAGGACACUUUGACGCGUUGUAAAGCUGGUGAAUGUCCGCCGCCAGUCUUCUUCUACUGCUCCCGAAACCCGGCAGAGCCUGCACGUUCUGAUCCCGAUGCGAUACUUGCUAGUCUGGCAAGACAGCUAUCGUGCCUGGGGCCUGGAAAGCAGCUAAUGAAACCUACCAUUGACCUUUUUGAAGAGAAAGAGGAGGAAGGGGUUGACUCUGGAGCGCUCUAUAUGGAUGAAAGCCUUCCCCUUGUUCUACAGCUAGUCGAACAGUAUCCUCUCACAACCAUAGUGAUAGAUGCCAUGGAUGAAUGCAGCCCUAAGAAGCGGCACGAAAUGCUCAAAUCUCUCAAAAAAAUCCUCCAGAGUUCGACUAGCCUGGUUAAAAUAUUCAUAUCAAGCCGGGACGACCAGGAUAUCGUGUGGCGUUUGCAGCAUUAUCCGAAUCUUGAGAUUGACUCUCGUAGGAAUGGUGACGAUAUUUCACGGUUCGUAAAAGACCAGGUGGAGCAACUUGUUCAAGAUGGAACAUUGUUACACUACAGCACCUGUAAACCGGAGAUGAGGAAGCUCAUUAUAGAAAAGGUGAUCGAGGGGACUGCUGGAAUGUACGUUUACAACAACAUGCCACACUGGCUGUAAUAACCAUUGUAUUCA